CGUUCAUUGACACGGCCUCGCGGGGAGCAAGCUGAUAGGAUGCGCACCUGCCACCUAACCUGGAAAGGAUGAAAAUGAAGUCAGGGAGGUCGGUCAACGAACUGUGUGCAUGGUACAAAUGCAAAUGGACAGCUCCCCGCGGUUACACUGCAGAAUCCAGUCGAGCUUGAAGUUUUGAGCGCGACUUCACCUCCGGCGUUCCGCCCACUUCCAGUCUUUACAGUGAUCUCGGCGAGGAAGGUAGCCAACCGCCUGCCACAACAAUGAAGGCAUCUCUCGCAACGGGUGUGUUUGCCUGCCUCCUCGGCACGGCGCAGGCUGCCGGCGAAGACCAUCUGGUCAGCCGGAAGCUAUCCAAGCGCUUCGUCGACGAGGCGGGCCACUACAACAUCUCAUUCUACCACAUCAACGACGUGCACGCGCACCUGGACGAGUUCUCGUCGUCGGGCACGGACUGCACGCGGCCGGAGCGCGGAUGCUUCGGCGGGUACGCGCGCGUCAAGACGGUGCUGAAGGAGACGCGGCCGUCGCACGCGGACUCGCUGCUGCUCAACGUGGGCGAUGAGUUCCAGGGCACCAUGUUCUUCUCGUUCUAUGGCGGGUGGAAGAUCGCCGAGACGCUCAACCAGAUGGGCUUCGACGCCAUGACGCUGGGCAACCACGAGUUCGACCGGGGCGACGACCACCUGGGCGAGUUCCUCGCCAACCUGACCUUCCCCGUCGUCAGCGCCAACAUCGUCUCGGACCACCCGGUGCUCAACGCCACCAUCAAGCCCUUCCACGUCUUCCCGCAGUACGACCUGGCCGUGAUCGGCGUCACGACCGAGACGACGCCGGGCAUCUCGUCGCCGGGCCAGGGCACGCUCUUCUCGGAUCCCGUCGCAGCCGUACAAAACACGGUCGACUUCAUCCGCGCCACCACCAACAUCACGCGCCUGGCGGCCAUCACGCACAUCGGCUACGACGAGGACCAGCGGCUGGCGCGCGAGACCACGGGCCUGCACCUGAUCAUGGGCGGGCACAGCCACACGCCGCUGGGCGACUUCCCGGGCGCCGCGGGGCCCUAUCCGACCAUCGUCGAGAACCGGGCCGGCGACGAGGUGUUCAUCGUCACGGCCUACCGCUGGGGCGAGUACCUGGGCUACAUCGACGUGACGUAUGACGCCGAGGGCAAGGUGCUGGCCUACCACGGCGCGCCCAUCCACCUGACCAACGCCACGGCGCAGGACGGGGAGCUGCAGGCCCAGAUCGACGAGUGGCGCGUGCCGUUUGAGGAGUUUUCUAAGGAGGUGGUGGGCGAGAGCAAGGUCGUGCUGGACCAGAGCGGGUGCCAGAAGGGGGAGUGUUUGCUGGGCGACUUUGUUACGGACGCCAUGCUCACCUACCGCCUCAACGCCACCACCCCGGGCUCCACCACCGGCCCAGACUUCGCGCUCAUCAACGCGGGCGGCAUCCGCGCGACCAUCGACGCAGGGCCCAUCACGCGCGGCGAGGUGCUGACGGCGUUCCCCUUCGGCAACGCCAUCGUCGAGAUCACCGUGUCCGGCGACCAGCUGUGGAAGACGCUCGAGGGCAUCAUCGCCAAAGUCAACGUCGACAACGACAAGCCCGUCACCUCCUUCCUGCAGGUCAGCCGCGGUAUCGUCAUCGAGUACGGCCCCGGUCCCGCGAACGGCGGCAGCAGUGAUGUGCUGGUCGCCGUCACCAUCGGGGGCAAGCCGCUGGAUCGAGCGGCGCAGUACAAGGUGGUCACGCUCGACUUUGUGGCGAAUGGGGGUGAUAACUUCUUUAGUGUGAAGUUUGAUAACUUGGUGGUCCUGGAUACCCUGGACGAGGUGGUUACCGCUCAUGUCGCGGCUACCUCGCCGGUGGAUGUUGCGCUCGGUGGGCGCUUGAAGGUGGUUAGUCGGUGCAAGGCGGCCGCUAGGAGGGCCAAG